CUUCACCAGCGUAUUCAAAAUCCAAGUCUAACAUGGUUACCAUCAUUUACACUGAAGAACCUUUUUACUCACCAUACGACUACAGGGACUACCAUUAUAGUACGUCCUGUUACUACGAACCUCCCACCUUCUCGCUCCUUUGGGAAUCACAUCCCUAUAAAACCUUCUUUAUUGCCAUUACCGCCAUUUUGGUGUGUAUCGAUUGCAUUCCCUUCUGCUGGCCGGCUCGUCCGAUUGCUGCCGCAUUGAUCAAGUUCCUGUUCGCCCUGUUCGUACUUGUUAUCAUGGCAAUUGUUCAAUUUUUCUUCCCGCCCCCGCCUGCAGAGUACUGCCUUGUGGGCUUGCAACCGUCGCCCCCGUCUCAUGCCUCUACCUCUCGUCCUCGCUUCCAUUCCUCUCCGGGUUUGUGCCCUGCCGUCUUUUGCUCCGGCAAUGACGAAGAGCGUGAUGCUGCUGAAGCAUUGGAGAGAAUGCUACGUGCUGAUGUUGAAGCUGUUGCCGCUGUCGCCGUUGCUAAAGAGCACGCGCAAAAAGAAGAAGUUGUUGCCGCUGUCGCCGUUGCCAAAGAGCACGCGCAAAAAGAAGUUGUUGCCGCUGUCGCCGUUGCUAAAGAGCACGCGCAAAAAGAAGAAGUUGUUGCCGCUGUCGCCGUUGCCAGAGAGCACGCGCAAAAAGAAGUUGUUGCCGCUGUCGCCGUUGCUAGAGAACACGCGCAAAAAGAAGUUGUUGCCGCUGUCGCCGUUGCCAAAGUGCACGUGCAAGAAGUUGUUGUCGCCGCCGCCGUCGCCCCUGUGCACGCGCAAGAAGCCGAAGAAGAAGAAGAAGAAGUUGUUGUCGCUGUCUCCGCUGCCCCCGUGCACGAGCAAGAAGAAGACGAAGAGGAGGAAGAAGAAAAGGAUGUAGAAAUGGAUGAGGUACAAGACGACGAGAAAGAAGAAGACGAAGUAGAAGAGGACGUUGAAGUCGCGUUCAUUACGCCUGCCACCGCCACCGCCACAGUUCACCACCACCAACUUCGCCGUCACCAACCUUCUCAUGAUCCGCCCACCACUGCCGUUCCUUUCACCAUCACCGCCUCCCGCCGUCAUCCUCACUUCCGCCGCCGCACCCAUUCCAUUCUUUUCUGCCCUUAUCCUCGCGCUCCUCGUCAUUACCGCCGCCGCCACUCUUCCGUCUACCUUUCACUUCGCUCUCUUAUUGCCGCCUCCCGCCAACGUUCUUCUUCCUCGCCAAUCACCAGCGCCGCUCACUGUCAUCAUCAGCAACAUCAUCGUCAUCGCGUACACACCGCCAACCGUUACGCUCCUUACCACCACCGAUUGCAUCGUCGUCAUCGCCGUUCUUCUUCCUCCCUCCUGUCUCUCCGCUCCCUUAUUGUCGCUUACAACCACCAACAACUGUCUUCUUCUCCGCUUGCAACCACCGAGUCCACCAUUACUACCACCGCCGCCACCACAUUCCCAUCCGCGUCGUUCGAUUUCACCUUUGCUCCGCCUACUCGUCCACGUCUAAUGCCGCCCAUUUUGUUCCCCGCUCCGCCUGCUGCGCGCGACAGUAUUGCUUCGUCUUCUUUCUCGCCUCCUGCCGCCACUACCACUUCCGCACCACCACCACAGACCGACGCAGAGGAGCUCAUGGAGUUGUUGGUGGUUGAUAUUGCAAACACCUCCAAGUACGACGCGCAGCUGCUGGAGAUCCUUGCGCUGGAGGAUUCUCAAGAGGUGUUAAACCGGUUGAUCGCGCUUGUCCAUCAGGACAGCGAUCUUCGCGGCUUGUACGAGGGCGUUUAAGCCCAGUCCGUUCCUUCCUGUCCUCUCCCCUGGUGUUGUCGUCUUCUUUUUUUCCGCGUCUGUGCCGUCAUUUUCCUUUCACCCGCCAUUUAUGCCCGUCUAUGCCUCCUAUGCCCGUCUAUAUCGUCUAUGCCUCCUAUGUCGUCGUUUGCUGUUCUGUUUCGUGCUGCGUAGUGACCUUAUUCGGUCAUCGUUUCUUUUUCUAUCUGGUGGGUUUGAGCUCAUCGUUGUCGGGCGAUCGUUUCUUUGUCCGUGCCUGUCGUUUGGGCGCGUUCUAGGGCUCUUGGUGAAG